GGGCCCUGCCCAAUCUCCGCGGCCGGGCCCGGUUGCGCGUUGGCUGCCGGCGGCGGCGCCGCCAGUGAGGCUGCGCUGAGGCUGCGGGGCCGGAUGGCCGAGCCGCCCGCCCCGCUCACUCGGGCGGCGGCCGGCGGCGGGCGAGGAGCCGGGGCGAGCCCUCCCCAGCGGGAGAGCCGAGCCCUGCGGCACGCAGCGCCAUGGUCUCAUGGAUCAUCUCCAGGCUCGUGGUGCUUAUAUUUGGCACUCUUUACCCCGCGUAUUAUUCCUACAAAGCCGUGAAAUCAAAGGACAUCAAAGAAUAUGUCAAAUGGAUGAUGUACUGGAUCAUAUUCGCACUCUUCACGACAGCAGAGACAUUCACGGACAUCUUUCUAUGCUGGUUUCCAUUCUACUAUGAACUCAAAAUAGCUUUUGUAGCUUGGCUGCUGUCUCCGUACACAAAAGGCUCCAGCCUCCUGUACAGGAAAUUUGUUCAUCCAACACUGUCUUCAAAAGAAAAGGAGAUCGAUGACUGCCUUGUCCAGGCCAAAGACCGGAGCUACGAUGCCCUUGUCCACUUUGGGAAGCGGGGGCUGAACGUCGCAGCCACGGCAGCCGUCAUGGCAGCUUCGAAGGUCUCUCAGCUACUUCAUUUACACUUGUACUGGGACCAGAAACAAGGGCAGGGACAGGGGGCCCUGUCUGAGAGACUAAGGAGCUUCAGCAUGCAGGAUCUCUCGACGAUCCGUGGAGACAGCAGCAGCACUGUUCCUCCUUCGGUCACUGUACGAACAAGUAGCAAACAGAGCCACCCAAAACCAUCCCGAAGUGCAUCGGAAGGCACUGGCAGCUCAGUGUGCACGUGUUGCUCGGUGUGCCGGCUCCUCAGAGACUGUAAAUGGCCCUGUGAAAUAGGUAUGGACAAUACGUUUGAAAAGCCACCUGAAGUAAACUGUGAAACCCAAGGCUCUGUGUUCUCGGAUGAUGAGGAGAACGAUUCAUUGGAUUGUGCAUCCAUGAACAAAAAGCCCAAAAAGAAGGAUCAACCCCUUGAGGCACCGCCUAGGACCCUUAGACCUCGCUUCAGGAAGAAAAGUACCUCGUCCUCUGCCACUGAAACAAUGUGAGUGCAAUGAGCCAAUAGCACCAAGAUCCACAGAAUGUCUCUCUUCUGCCUUAAAGAGCUACUCGUUAACGUAGGAAACAGCAGUGGGAUGGAUGUGCUUUGUGCAGCGGUGUAGACACGGCCUUUCCCUCUCCUCUCUCUGUAUCCUCUGUUACAGCUUCUCGCAUUAGUCCGUGGUGUUGGACAGUGUGACAGACACCUGCAGGUUCAGAGUCCUUGUUCUGUUUGCAGGGUGUACCCCCACUCACGCCAACCCUGUACAUUUAUGGUUCUCAUUGUGUCUGCAUAGCUCUAGCUUUGUGAAUGCACAGCGGAGACGGAAACAAUCCCCCAGUUACUCAUGGUGACACAUUGACAGUGUGUUUAUUUAUGGCUUUACCAUUAUGAGGUGGAUUUGCAGAACCCGUGGAUUUCUCUUUCCUCAAGACUGUGGCUGAGGUAACAAGUAUCCAAGUACUUUGUAUGAAAUGUCCGAGAUUCAUUAGUGAAAGCUGAGCUUCUCUGUCUGCAAGUUAACCUGGGAACACCAUAUGGAGAACAAACCACUUACAGAGGACGAGGAAGAGAUGUGCGAGAGAAAAGAAGUGGUUCCAACGAGGUCAUGAAGUCUUUCAUUUUCAUCAGCCUGAGCCAGGAGAGUGUUGUGUGGAACAUGAUGACAGCUGGAAGAACAUACUGCUUGUGGCAAAGGCUCUACUGCCAGUUGUAAAGUGUGAGCAAGCCAGGCUUGUACUAAGUUCAGCGACAGAGUUAGGGUCACUUUAGUGACACAGAGAGGAAAACACACCUUCCUCCCCUGCCUGCAGCAGGAUCAGCCCCAGCACCCUGCCUUCUGGGUGGGGUGCCACUGGUUUCCUUGCAGGGUGCUGGGGCUGAGUUGCUGUUUGAAGCCUGGAGUGUUACUUGCAGCAUGGAGUUGGUUAGAACCACAAGAACCAGAUGCAGUGGUGUGUUUGUAUCCAUAUAUAAAUGAGAAAUAUAAAAGAGGAAGACGUGGUAGGGUUUGUGUAUUUGUGCUUCAAGUUGGUGUCUCUUGUAAGUGUUGAGCAUGUGACAGUCACUCAUACAUUAAUUCCGUGGCACUUUGUGUUUGCUCUUGGACCUGUCACGUAGACUAGAACAUUUAGCAUCACAUAGGACGUGCCAUCACCAAGGGGUAGGUGCAGGGGCUCGAUGGGGAACAGCAUGGAUAACCCAGGUCAGGUGCAGCAGGAUGCCAACAGUGGAGUGGAUCAGAGAAACCCGCAGUGAGUGCCCUUGGAAACCUGUUCUCUGCUGGUUAUGCAUUGAUAUCCCAGCCCUCCCUGGCUGAUGGAUCCCUGAGGCUUCCCCAGAGCUUCCUACCAUGUAUGUGGGGAAGAGAGAAAUAAACUGUGUGCAGACGCACAAAUGUGUAUCUGGCUUAGCUGGGAAGCAGAAACAGUGAGUAGGUAUUUCCUGUGCCUGCCACAGUAUUUGGCCUCAUUACCUGAGCAUUUUAUUUCCUUUACAUAUGCUAAUUUAAUUGUAUUUUGCAAUGGGUAGGAAGGAAAAAGACUUGAGAAAGUAAAUUAAAACCAACCUGUCUAAAUAGCAGUUACAGAAGAGCCAGUCCUUGGAAGAUACUCAGCAAAAGCUUGGAGGAGCUAAGCUUGUGCAUUUUGUUUUUAAGCAGCUUUAGAGUUUAUUUGAUUCCUUUUGGCAAACAUUAAUAAGAAACAAGAAACCCUGCCUGCAGUGUUAGCAGAAGAUAGAAUCCUGCAAGCGAGCUGUGUUUCCCUGCUACGCAAUGGGCUGUCAUAAGAUAAAUCAGCAGCUGACAAGUUUGCACUCGAUGCCACCCCCCCCCCCCCCCCCAGUAACAUAGAGCUAUGUAACAUCUGAUGAAUUCUACUCUCAGACAUGCUGUAGGAGCAUUGAUUCUCACUACAAUUAUUAGAUGUGCGUCUAAUCUGCUGUUUUACUGUAACCUUUGACUGUUUAGCAUUUCUUAAGUGCUGAGGUGAAGUUGUUGACAAGGGAGUUGCCUUAUAUCUCUCAAAACAUUCACUGUAUAAAUGAGAAAAAUAAACCUUUUCAUAUCUCUGGCAAAAAUGUAUUAAUUUAUCAACUGAGCUGUAUAUUUGUGUAUAGAUAGGAAAGAAAUGUGGAUGCUCACCCACAUACACGUCGUGCUGUAGUGUUGUGUGUACAGAGAGCGGCCAUUCGCUUCCAAUCCCUCAUCUUCCUCACACAGGUUGUUUACAGGUGGUGCCCCAAGUCUGGCAUUUCUCUCUUCUGGUUACUAGUGGUCACUGGAAUAAACACCAGACAUGAAGGCUUUGGUUCUGGUUUUGCUCUUUGCCUAUGCCAAGGAACAAGCCUGAUUCAGCGAGUCAUGUCCCUGCCUGAACCAGAGGUUGGGAGCAAAGAGAGGACACGUGGAUGGUGGCUUCUGAGGUGUGUUUGGGGGAGCAAUCUCAGUUCCCCCCACACCAGCUCCGGCUCAGCUAACUGCUUGCUGCUCACUCCUAAGAGCAAGAAAUCUCUAAGUUGAUGGUUUAAACUAGCAACAGAUCUGGCUUAAGGAAGAAAAACACAGUUUGGGGCCUCUCUGAGCAGCCCUGUAGGGCAGACAGGCUUCUCAGUGGUGGCCUGAAGAAAUCAGGCCACUGCUAGAAAACAGAGCCUUUGCCUGGCAUGAGGUGCCAGUGAAACCUGUGUUGUUUGGAGCAACUAAAAUCGAUGCUGAGGGGAAGAAAACUGCAGCUGAAGAUGGGCCUGUGGAUUAUCUCACCAUAAAUUCACCUCAGUUAGGAGAACAAGCCUAGAGCAGCUCAAUGCUGUCCUCCAAUGCCUCCUUCCUUGUCAGAAGGGCAGUGCCAGUGCAGUUACAGUAGUUGCCGAGUCAGGAUGACACCAAAUAGCAACAAGACAGAUGUCACAUGUAUCCUGUCACCUCAUCUGAACUGUGCAAGUGCAACCCCAGCACAAAAGGAAAGCAGAAUCAGGUUCUUUAUUCCUGGUAAGAGGGAGAAAGCUGCAUGGAGAGACCUGACAUUCCCGAACCUCAUGUAACAACCUGCCACCUCUGACUGCUCCUCAAGUGUUCUCACGCGGUGGCGAAGCCCUCGUUCCUGUGACCGGAUGCUCGUUGCUCCCAGUCUCCUUUGCUGUUUGUUUCAGGUACUCAUUGUGCAUCAUAUUUGCAGUAGGAGAGAGCUCUGCGUUGGGAUUUGCCCUUAGACAAACUGUCCUAAGGAUGCUCAUCGUGCACUUUGUGUGGUUUCCUUCCUGUGCUGGGUAGAAAAGAGCUGGGAUGCGAUGGUGCACUCAACGCCUCACAAGGAUGGCCAUGACAACAGUAUUCCAAAGGUUUGAUGUUUGGCUGGGUUUGUUGUACUGCUUGAUACACAUCUUGAAUAAAGUCUUAAUCUUUUCCUUAAAAAAAGAAAGGAAAACCCCCCAAACCCCAUCUUUAGUCUGUUCAAUGUAUCUGGCAGGCCAGAAGAAUCACUUUGGUCGCUGUAUGAUUUUUAUCUCAGUUCUGGCUGACUGUAUAUAGAUGUAUUCACUAAGUGCUGCAUGUCCUUCAGAACCUCUUUCUGUAUUACGAACUGGAAAAAAAAAAAUACAGCUACUGAACACUCUGA